AUGGAGACGAACACUGGUAAAAUCGCGAGGGCACGGCCACGGCCGGAGAUCGGCUACGAGGACAGGCUCAGCUCCUUACCCGACCAAAUCAUCUCCCACAUUCUCUCCUUUAUGGAAACCAAGUACGCCGUCGGCACCGCAGUUCUCAGCAGACGUGACGACGAGUUCGAAACAGACGGCGACAUAGAUGAUGAUGACUCUGACAACAUUAAUGACGAGAUCGACAGCGAAGAUGAUGCCAGCGACAGUGAAGAGGAUUCUCUUUGA